AUGAAACCUGGCACAGCCCCCGGACCUGAUUUUAUAUCAGCAGACUUUCUUCAGGCUGGUGGCCAUCCGCUUCGUGUAAUCUUUGCAGCGCACAUGACAUCCUACCUUCAGAGAGAAAGGAUCCCAGACCAGUGGAAGACCUCGCGAACCGUUCUUAUCCAUAGGAAAGGUGACCGAGAGGACCUUCGGAACUACCGUCCGAUAUGCUUGCUGAGCGUGUUAUACAAGGUAUUCACCAAGAUCAUCCUCACACGCAUAUCUAGGACGCUGGAUGAAGCCCAGCCCCAAGAACAAGCUGGAUUCCGCCAGGGGUUCAGCUGCUUGGAUCACAUCUAG